AUGAACCCAAGAAAUACCGUUCAAGAACCAUCAUCCACUGGUCAAAGUAGAUCAACGACAGAAGAUGGGAAUGGUCAAACACCAUCAGGAGAACCAAGUUUUAACUUUUCUGGAUUUCUACGUGAUCUACGUACAAGAAGUGCUGAACCCAUAGCAAGGUAUUUGAAAAGCUUCCUUUCUAGUUUUGCUAAGAAACCUUUUACAGUGAAUGAACAAGUCAAGUUGAUCCGAGAUUUUCUCGAAUUUAUCGAGGGAAAGAUGAUACAAUGCGAACCUUGGAAAUCUCAAACUUCCGCAGAGUUCGAUAAUGCCAUGGAAGCUAUGGAGAAGUUGGUCAUGAACCGUUUAUACAAUUUUACCUUCACACCACAACUGGUCCCCUCACAACCAGUCACAACGGACGAUCUAGAAAGAGAUGCCGUCUUUUCUCAACGAGUCAGAUUAUUCAGUUGGGUAAGGGAAAGACAUCUAGACGUUCCGGAAGGAGAAGCGAGUCAAGGGUUCUUAGGAUUUGCUGAGCAAGUAAUAGAGCUACUUAAGAUUAACCAUUACAAAGCGCCCAGAGAUAAAAUGAUUUGUAUUUUGAAUUGUUGCAAGGUUAUCUUUGGACUCAUACGACAUGCCUACGGAGCCAAUGCCACUUCCGCUGACGCCUUCGUCCCUAUUCUCAUAUUCGUUGUUCUCCGAGCCAACCCAGACAAUUUGCUAUCAAACAUUGAAUAUAUCAACAGGUUCCGAAGUGCCCCCAGACUUCAAGGUGAGGCCGGAUACUAUUUGUCCAGUCUGAGUGGAGCUAUUGCCUUUAUCGAAACUAUGGACGCGUCAAGUCUCAGUAAUAUUACUCAAGAAGAGUUCGAAAAUAAUGUCGAAGCUGCCAUUCAAGAUCUUCCCCCUUCACCCACUAUGUCGCCUUCAAAACCCACGGGACCAUCGGAAAUGUCACCUUUCGCAGCUGCCACACCUGGUGAAGAACCAGCUAGAGCAUUAUCACUCUCCACAUCUUUCCCUACUCUCAACAACACCCGUAGGUUCUUACAACGAACUGGGAAUCUGGCAUCGGAAGCAGUGAGCAAACCUUUGAAUGCCAUUGGAAAGAUAUUGGACAAUAUGCAACAACAAGAUGUUUCAGAAGAUGGAAGUGAUAGUGAUGUGGAACGAUCUUGGAAAGCGGGAGGUUCAAGGGAUGGAGAAUCGGAAUUGAGACAAGAACAAAAUGAUUCUCGUGAAACUCCUAGGAAACAAACUUCGAGUAGACUUCAACAGAUGAUGACUCCUGAAACACCUUCGAGGCAAGUACGAUUACUAGGAGAAAAUUCUCAUCCACCUUCAGGAAGCACAACUCCAAGUGGUGAUAUACCUCUUCCAGAUUUUUCAGCAUUACAAUUGCAAAAUACCCUCGAAAUGUCACAAGACGCAUACGAACAAACUCGUCGAGCGAACGUGACGACACUUCAUCAAAUGUUCCCAGCACUUGACGAGGAGAUUGUCGAGGCAGUAUUAGAGGGAUGUAACAAUGAUCUAGGCGUAGCUAUUGAUAAAUUAUUGGAAAUGUAA